UGACAGAUUACAAUGUGGAAAGCAGCGUUGACCUCCCCCCGAAAUCACCUCUGACGAGAAGCCAUGUUUCGGUCUUUAAGACGCGUUCCGCAGUUUAACUGCAACCUCCUGACUCUGCAGAGGCUCAGCGCCACCUCUAAACUCCACAUCUGCACAUCCAGAAUGGCCAGCUCGGACUACAGGAUUGAACGAGACACGUUUGGGGAGCUCAAGGUCCCAGCUGACAAGUACUACGGGGCCCAAACUGUCAGAUCCACCAUGAACUUCAAGAUAGGGGGACCAAGCGAAAGAAUGCCCAUCCAAGUGAUCAAGGCCUUUGGUGUCCUGAAGAAAGCAGCUGCUCAGGUGAACAAGGAGUAUGGCCUGGACCCAAAGAUAUCCGAUGCAAUCAUCCAGGCUGCAGACGAGGUUUCAGCUGGUAAGCUGGAUGAUCAUUUCCCUCUGGUGGUGUGGCAGACUGGAUCUGGAACUCAGACUAACAUGAAUGUCAAUGAAGUGAUCAGCAACAGGGCUAUUGAGAUCCUGGGAGGGAAACUGGGCUCCAAGGAUCCAGUUCACCCCAAUGACCAUGUCAACAAGAGUCAGAGCUCCAAUGACACCUUCCCCACAGCCAUGCACAUUGCAGUAGCCACCGAGGUCCACCAGGUCCUGCUGCCCGGCCUGCAGACUCUGCAUGACGCUCUGGCUGCAAAGGCCGAAGAGUUCAAAGACAUCAUCAAAAUUGGGCGCACACACACUCAGGAUGCCGUGCCACUCUCACUGGGGCAGGAGUUCAGCGGUUACGUGCAGCAGGUGAAGUACAGCAUUGAGAGGGUGAAGGCUGCCAUGCCCAGGGUGUACGAACUGGCAGCCGGAGGCACAGCUGUAGGAACGGGACUCAACACCCGCAUUGGGUUUGCUGAGAAGGUAGCCUCCACCGUUGCUUCUCUCACAGGCCUGCCAUUUGUAACAGCUCCCAACAAGUUUGAAGCCCUGGCAGCUCAUGAUGCCCUGGUAGAGCUGAGUGGGGCCCUCAACACGGUGGCUGUCAGCAUGAUGAAGAUCGCCAAUGACAUUCGCUUCUUGGGGUCAGGACCUCGCUCAGGCCUGGGAGAGCUCAUCUUACCAGAGAAUGAGCCAGGAAGCAGCAUCAUGCCGGGUAAGGUGAACCCAACCCAGUGUGAGGCCAUGACCAUGGUGGCAGCCCAGGUGAUGGGGAACCAUGUGGCCGUCACCAUCGGAGGCAGCAACGGACACUUUGAACUCAAUGUCUUCAAGCCGAUGAUGGUGAAGAACGUGCUGAACUCCGCACAGCUGCUCGGCGAUGCCUCCGUCUCCUUCACCAACAACUGCGUGGUGGGCAUCCAGGCCAACACGGAGAGGAUCAACAAGCUCAUGAACGAGUCCCUCAUGUUGGUCACUGCGCUUAACCCUCACAUCGGGUACGACAAAGCAGCCACCAUCGCCAAAACGGCUCACAAGAAGGGCUUGACUCUGAAGGCUGUGGCCGUGGAGCUGGGCUACCUGACCGAGGAGCAGUUUGACCAGUGGGUGAAGCCAAGUGACAUGCUGGGGCCAAAGUAAACUGACAUCAAGAAUCAUUACAAGAAAAGGAAAAAAAAAAACUCUUGUAAGAGAGUACUUCUGAGUAAAUCAAAGAUGUGGAACUGAAUAAAUCAAACAUUUUUGGAUUCUGUUUAUCUCUUCACAAAAAUCUGGCGCACUGUUGUAUGAUGCAACCUCUGACAUAUUUGGCAUACUGGUAGUGUUAAACGUGCACCAUGUCAUGGUUCCCUAGUAUAGUUGAAACAGCUGACACAGAUCUAAUGAUGACAUUUGAUGUUAUACACACCUUUACCUGCGUUUUAUCAGGGAAUCUAUUUUAAGAAAUAGCAGCAGUACAGAAUUACCAUCAAUACAACUUAAUUUUGUACUUGUAAUUUUUUUUCCCCCUUUUCCAGACUGAAAAUACUUUUAACACCCCUCAGUUUGCAGUUGGUACCAUGACAGCUUAAGUGCUCAGUGUGCUGUCGUGGUUGUUUCAAAACACUACAUACUAUUGUACCUCGCGUGUUCUGGUUUACACCAUCUGUGCCAUUUAUGCCAUGUUUCCGUUAAAUGAAUUAUGUUUAUUAAAAAGUCUAAAUUUGAAA